CUCAACUACUCUACUUAUAACCUAAGCAUCACCACCACCAUGUCUUCUAACGACUCCACCAACAACACCACCUCCACCAACACCUCCACCCUCAAAUCCUACCUCGACCAAGCCACAGGCGUCGCUCAACGCGCUGUUGGCUCUCUCACCGGUGACUCCUCCAUUCAGGCCCUCGGCGAAGACACCCAGUCCCACGGCAAAGCCGAGCACGAAGCCAGCCACAGCACCACCAAGGUCGGAUCCGUGGCGGCCGACCCAUCGACGGGCACCACGGCGAGCGACCACCCGCAGCGCAACAACGGCAGCUGGGACCAAACCGUCGGAUCGGCGAAGGAGUCUCUGGGCAAUUUGAUCGGAAACGAAGGACUGCGCAAGGCCGGCCAGGACCAGAACGCAGCGGGCAAGCAGGCCGAGGCGGAGGGCCAGGUCAAGGACUGGGGUGAGGGUGUGAAGGGACGUGUCGCGGGUAACGUGGGCAAGGUGGCGGCUGCGGCGACGGGCGAUGAGGAGGAGGAGAAGAGAUGGAAGGAUGUGCAUGAUGAGGGAAAGGUGCGGCAGAGGGGUGUGGAGGCCGAUGUGGAUAAGCGGUAUUAAAGUUGGGAUGGGGAGUGUACGAUAUGAUCUGAUGGAUUCCGUUGGGAUGAUGAGUUAUGACUUCAUAUGAAUGCUUUUAAGCUUAUUUGAACUUGGUCUUGCUUGCUGGGGGAUGUAGCUUGGAUAAGGUUGAGGCUUGAAGUCUACUAGGGUACUAUGUAAAUUCGUACUAUGUAGAGG